UAGGAGGUGGAGUCUGGACUUGAUUCUGCGUUGGUGCUGCAAGCAAAAUGUUUUCAAUUUCGACUUGGCCAACAUGCACAGUGACACCGGCCAGAAUCGUCAUUUAAAUCGGUGCAUUCAAAGCAAACAGUUCUAGUCAUCCAUUGUGGAUAAAAAAUUUCGAGAUGCUCAUCAAAGUGGCCAAGUUCCUGAGCCUUUUUGCCGUUCUCCUUUCGGUUGCCGAAGGCGCCAAGUAUCUGUCCGAGAAACCUGACUUCCUUAAUCCUUGUGUUGUUGGCGAUUCCAACUUCAAUGGCUGUCUGACUAGCAACUUCCAGACUUUCUUUCGCCAGUGGAAGGACGGAAUCCCUGGCAACAAUGCCGUAGGAUCCUUUGAUCCCCUCUACAUCAAGCGCGUAAAGUUCGCCCAGGAUGCCAGCAGAGCUAUAGCCAUUAAUGCCGAUCUGAAGGAGGUCUAUGUGGCAGGUGCUGGCCAAGCGAUCGUAAAGGAAGCAAGCUGGGAUCCCAAUCACUAUGUGGCCAAGGCUUUGAUCACUGUUCCCAAAUUGCGUUUUAACUUCGAGUACAAAGUGAAAGGACAUGUGGUUGCCCUGAAUCUCAAUGGGCAUGGCAAUGGCUACUUCGAAGCCGAGCAUCCUCUUAUACAUCUGGAAAUGGCUGUCAAGCCCCUGUCCACAGCCGAGGCCAUUUUUGCGGACGUACAGAGUGUAAAGGUCUCCUUCCGCGAGAUCAAACAAUUCCGCAUUAAGCUGGAUAAUCUAUUUGGUGGCAACAAGGAUCUGGAGGACACAGCCCACACACUCUUCAACGAGAACUGGCGCGAUUUCUACGAGGUACUGCGUCCCGCUGUCGAACAAACUGUUGGUGGAGUGCUCCUGGAUCGAUUCAAGAAAACGUUUGCCUUCGUCCCAGCCACCUACUUGAUUAAGAACUUCCACUGA